AUGAACGUGCUACUGCGCCUCCUCUAUCGUUGUGCGGGCAUCCCAACCCGAAUACCUCGCUCCUUCUUUUGUGAAGUCACGUCACUACAAGUGAAAUACAUCUGGGCACAUAAACAUUCUAGACUGGCUAAAUCCAUUUUGAUUAGACGUAAAGUGGAAGGUGACCUAGCUCUCCCCGAAGCUUUAUCUUACUACCUCGCGGCAGUCCUCUCAAGAGUCUUGGAUGCCUUUCAUGGCGCUGAGGAUCAGAACCCUGUAGACUCAUCAGACGAUAGCAGAGAUAUCUCCGGGGGGUUCUUCUACCUGGUCCCUUGUCUUCAUCUUGUAGAUAAAUAUCGGCAGAAAAUGGAAGCCAGAAAUGUAACCACAAUUUUUCUUCUUGGAUUUCCGGAGUUGUAUAGUUUUAGAAUUUUCUUUUUCCUUUUCCUUUUUGUGAUUUACCUUGUUACAAUCUGUGGGAACCUCUUGGUCAUUUCCCUGGUGUCCUAUAAUAAGAACCUCCACAGCCCCAUGUAUUUCUUCCUGACACAGCUCACAGCUUCGGACAUCAUCCUAACCUCGGACAUAGUCCCGACCAUGCUCCAUGUGGUUCUGAACAAUGGCUCCACUCUGCCUCUUCCUGCUUGUUUUAUUCAGUAUUUUAUUUUUGCUCUUUGUGAAGUUCUAGAAUGUUUUCUCCUGACAGUGAUGUCUUAUGACAGGUAUUUUGCCAUAUGUAAACCCUUGCACUAUCACUCUACCAUGACUCCUUUCCGAUGUAUGACAUAUAUUCUUCUAUGCUGGAUUCUUGGAAUUUUGGUUUCAUUAGUUCUAACAGCAAACAUCUCCCAACUUCACUUCUGUAGGUCAAACACCAUCGACCACUUCUUCUGUGACAUUAACCCCUUAAUAGAAUUGUCUUGCACUAACGUAUCAAGGAUGAGGUUACUGGCUACAUCCAUGUGUGUCCCUGUCCUCCUGUGUCCUUUUAUGAUAGUCAUGGUAUCCUAUGCUUACAUUGUCCAUACAGUUCUCAAGAUACAAUCCACAGCCCAAAGCCAAAAAGUCUUCUCUACCUGUGGUUCUCACCUAGCAGUGGUGUCCAUAUUUUAUGGGACUUUAAUGUCUAUAUACUUGACUCCAGAAAAAAGAAAAUAUACUGCUUUACGUAAAAUGAUGUCUCUUGUGUAUACUAUGGUGACCCCAUUAAGUAACCCUAUUAUCUACUGCCUGAGAAACAAAGACAUUAAGAAUGCGUUGAAGAAGGUAACAUCAAGAUGA